AUGCUGGGUUUGCUCACGUCGGAUUUCGGUUACCAGAACCGAUUGACGCUACUGCAGCAGUUGAUCGAGUGCGGCGAUGUUUUGCUGGAACGAGAGUUGGUCUGCGAUUACGAAAUAUUCGGUCUUCUCCGUUCGCUGCAUGCGGCAUUGGCCACUGACUACCAACUUAAAAACUUUUCACGUCAAAAACUUCACUGUUUUAUGCUACGAUUUCUCGUUCAAACCGGCUGA